AUGCAUUCUGCCGCCUCUGGGGGCGUCGGUGCCCCAACUCGCAUAGACAUAGAUGACUCGGACCAUGUUGUCCAAACUGACAUGUCCGCCAGCUCGAAUCGAUUGAUGAGAAAGCUAGCCACCACGGCCACAUGGCGUGAUGACGAUGAUAUGAAGGGAAGUGAUAGUUCGCAGUUGCAUAGCGACGCAUCGACUGCCUCGAGCAGAAUGACUACCCCAAACCCGCAACCACCGCCAAUAUCGAGACCAUCACUGUCUUCUACUAUCGAGACUCAUACUCCCCAUGUUAGCAGAACGCCUGCAAUACCUAUUCCCGGAGCUCUGCCACCGCCCCCUCCUCCACCACGUCGUGGCGAGCCUAGAUACUUCCAACGAUCUAAUCAGCCCCGUCAAGUCCCCGAGUUUCCCAGUAACCUGACUCCUGGCUCGAACAUUGAUGGAUUUCGCCGCGAUCAAGCUCUUCAGGCCCCUCCACCGCACGGCUUUCCAGCACCACUUACGUCGCUUGCGGGAAAGUUCAAUGCGGACGACCGAGGCAUUUUAUUACCGACGAUGCAUAGAGAUUCACAUCAACCAUUAGAAAGCAGCUCGGAUGCGAUGUUCCCGCAGUAUCCAUUGCCGAACACAUCCAGGUCUACUGGCAGCCCUUUGCAACCGGAAGCUUCCGUAUACUCCGGCCUGGGCCACAAGAAGACGGUACGGCUCAUGUCAGGGUUGGAAACAAGGAGCGAACGAUCGAGUUCUGAGAAUAGCUUUGAAGCGGAUGCACUUGCAUAUCGAAACGCUAGACACUUCCCCCCUCAACUGCCCGCCCAACCCAAUCAUUUGUCAAACCGACAACAAAGGUCAUCCGCCACAAAUCGAAUUACAAACUGGGUAUCAGAGUAUGAAAAAUCAUACAUUCCUGCAAGAGUACGACGCCAUGAAACAUACAUGGAAGCACCCUCAGACCACUCUGAGUCUGGAGAUGGAAGGUCCCAAUCAUCUGCCGUUUCGUCACGCAAUGUCUUCUUGGAACACUCAUGGCAGAAAUUCCAGCAAAAGCGGGCAGAAGUAAAGAAAUUAAAACACUACACGACUACCAUACGACAAGAGCAACGAAAUUUGCGGCGUCGAAUGGAUGACGCCGGAAAUGCCUUUGUUGCUGUUCUCAGACCUUUGUUAGUGAGCCAACGAAGCGAGAUCUUGUCAUCAUCCCUCGAAGAUCUUGACAGACGAUGGGCUGCAAUGCUGAGACUCAGAGAGGAGUACCAUUCCCGUGAAGCGACCUACGAAAGCUUAGAACUUGAACUGGACAAGGAGGAGCAGGAGCUUGAUCGACUUGAGACCAAAUUCUACAGUCUCUUUACCCCAGGACGUGAUGGCCACGCAAAGCAGUCUCUGCCGACACGUAGCAGCACAAACGACACGAUUCAGAGCACUGAUUCAGAAACUCCAUAUUGUCUCCUCGGAAUUUGUGCUGACAAGUCUUUAGAAGACGUACACCCUCUGUACCACAAAUUUUCGGCCGCCGUUGGCGAUUUACAGAACGCAAAAGAGGAAUACGAGGAUUUAUUGACGGCAAAAGUUCAGUACGAAGAGGAUACACUGGUCAGAGAGCAGACGGGCCGUCCCAUGACCCUCGAAGCCGAAGAGUUCUUUGCCGACCUGUCGGACGAGAAAGCUCGGAUGCAAAGUUCCAUCAAAGAGCUGGAAAGUCAAGUACAGCGACUAAGACAACAAUGUGAAGAGCAGGGGGCCAUGAAGAAGUUUCUCUCUGUGCAAAUGUCUUACAUCCUGAACCCCGAGACGACACGUAAGGGCAUGUACCUGGAAGACGAUGCCAAUAUCCUUCAAAAACACAAAACUGUAAUCCAUCCACGUUAUUCCGAGCUGCUCACCCAACACAGUCACCUGCUAGAUGGCCCAGUUCCCCUCACGGCGAAGCAAGCCUUGACAGCUGCGUGUGAGCUGCCGGAUAGCGACCCGUUGAAAAGCCAAAAAAAGCAUAUUGCUGAAAAGGAAUACGCGAUCGAGGCCCUUGUUCAAAGCUACAACUCCGAAAGCAAGGCGGAUCUCAUCAAUCGCUGGGUUCUACAACAACUAGGACAAUCCCCUUUGAAUGCGCUACUCUUGCAGUCCGUCUUUGGCUCAGAAUGCGGGCUCAAAAUCCGGGACUACUUGCACUGGCAGCUCGAUGUAUUGCAUUACUGGUCGCGAGAUGGUACAAUGUCUCCGGCCGCGGAGAUGGACAAGAGCAGUGUCAGCGAGAUGUCGGAGUAUUCUGACUGUACAGGAAGCCUUCGACGAUCGAGAGCUGCGUCUGAUGGCGAGCUUCACCUCAAACCGAUGCGAAAAACACUGCGACAAGUCAAGAGUAGCGAUACGCUUCGAUUCAAUGGACAAGCCCUGGCAUGA